AUGGCAGCCGCCGCGGUAGCUGCCGCGUCCGCGCCGGCAGCAUCAUCACCAGCACCGGCAUCCCCAGCACCAUCAUCAUCAGCAGCAGCAGCAGCAGCAGCAGCAGCACCCCCCGCCGGCGCCGCCGUCCCCUCGCCCUUCACCCCGCAGAAGCAAUCCUUUAUCGCCAUCGGCCUCGAAGGGUCCGCCAACAAGCUCGGCGUCGGCAUCAUCCAGCACACCCCCACGGCCACCACCGUGCUCGCCAACCUGCGGCACACGUUCGUCUCCCCCCCCGGCACGGGUUUCCUGCCCAAGGACACGGCGGCGCACCACCGCGCGCACUUUGUGCGGCUCGCGCGCGAGGCACUCGCCGCCGCCGGGCUGGAAGGCUCGCCAGAGGAGGCGCCGGCCGUCGACUGCGUGUGCUUCACGCAGGGCCCCGGCAUGGGCGGCCCGCUGACGAGCGUCGCCGUCGCGGCGCGCACCCUCGCCCUCCUGUGGGGGAAGCCCCUCGUGGGCGUGAACCACUGCGUGGGCCACAUCGAGAUGGGGCGGCACAUCACGGGCGCGGAUAACCCCGUCGUGCUGUACGUGUCGGGCGGCAACAGCCAGGUCAUCGCCUACGCGGAGCGCCGGUACCGCAUCUUCGGCGAGACGCUCGACAUCGCCGUGGGCAACUGCCUCGACCGCUUCGCCCGCACGCUCGCCAUCAGCAACGACCCCGCACCGGGCUACAACAUCGAGCAGCUCGCCAAGAAGGGCUCCCGCCUGCUCGACCUGCCCUACACGGUCAAGGGCAUGGACUGCUCCUUCAGCGGCAUCCUCGCCAGCGCGGACGCCCUCGCCGCGCAGAUGUAUGAGGCGGGCAGCGAAGAGGCCGCGGGAUUUACCCCCGCGGACCUGUGCUUCUCCCUGCAGGAGACCGUCUUUGCCAUGCUCGUCGAGAUCACGGAGCGCGCCAUGGCCCACGUCGGAAGCAGCCAGGUCCUCAUCGUCGGCGGUGUCGGCUGCAACGAGCGCCUGCAGGAGAUGAUGGGCCACAUGGCCCGCGAGCGCGGCGGCAGCGUGUACGCCACAGACGAGCGCUUCUGCAUCGACAACGGCAUCAUGAUUGCCCACGCGGGGCUGCUGGCAUACGAGACGGGGUACACCACACCCCUGGCAGAGAGCCAGUGCACACAGCGGUUUAGGACCGAUGAGGUCUACGUCAAAUGGAGAGACUGA